UUAAAAAAGAAAAAUGUCGGACGAAGAAUACGAAUCCUCAUCGCCGGAGGAAGAUUUUUCAGCCAGUGAAGAUGAAUGGAAACCAGGAAAAUCUACUUCGAAUCGUCGCCGCCAAGCCUCGGAUGAGUCCGAUGACGAUGAUAGCGAAUUUGAAGAUGUUCCCAACUCAAAGAAAAGGGAUGCAAAGUCGUCUUCAUCUAAGGCUGAUAGUUCCAUGAAGCAGUCAAAGAAACGCAAAUCCACUGGUACGUCUUUGAGGACAAAACUCUUUAACAAGUACAAACCUCCGCCAAAGACAGUCCAGCGAUCAAAUCAAUCAAAUCAGGGCGAGCAAAGGCAACCAAAACAAAAUACUGCGCAGGCAGAAAAGAAGGCGGCACGCGCCGUCACAAAUAAAAGAGCUGUCCUUAGUGAUUCUGAGAGCAGCGGUGACGACUAUCUCGUCAAUCCCGAUGAAAUCGACCUAAAGUCGAGUUUUUUCGAUGUCAAACCAUCGACAUCCACAUCAAAUGAGAAUCCCGAUGGAGUGCCAAAGUUUGAUUGCAAUGCUGGUAUGCAGCUCUCGGAUUCAGAAGAAAACGAGGAUGAUGAUGAUGAAACAGAGUCCAGUAAGGACAUGACCAUCACAAAUUCGCUCAAAUCAGCAACAGCUACAAAACCAGUUGACCUGGGCUAUUUGCAGGACUUUGCCAAGAACAUGGAAAAAGCAAAAGUCCAAUAUAAAAAGCAUAAAGAACGUAGCCUCUUGCAAGAACAGGAUGCCAAAGUGGAUGAUGUCUCGUCAUUGCUUGCCAUGGGCGAAGGCACCUCCACCACAGCCACAACAUCCACAAAGAAAACAAAGAAUCCCAAAAGGCAAUCCAAAAAAACACAGCCAAGCCAACAGAUGGCUGACACUGAUUCUGAUUUGGAAGAAGUUGAAGAGGUUGAGGCCUUUGAUGAACCAAACUCCAUUGAGAAUGGAAUUCAAGUUUGUGUCGACGUAGGAGGACAACGAAAAGAAAAGAAAACUAUCGAUGCCGAAGCUUGCCUCAAGCGACAGCUUAAUCGAGUAAUAAAAGAAAAUCAAAUUUGUUUGCAUAAAGUUGGUCUCCUCGGUCACAUCUAUCAUGGAUUGUAUCUUAAUAAAAUAGCCAGCAAUAUCUACCUCAUGCCUAUAGCUUUAAAAAUACUGCCCAGCAACAAUGUGUAUCCCAGUGGCCAAACGGAAAUUAAGUAUUUUCAAUCUAUGAUAACUUGGUUUAAAUCGGCUAUAAAAAUACGUGAUAAUCGAAAAUAUCCCAAGCUCAAAGUCGAUCCACUUAUUUCGCUAGGUGUUCAGAUGAAACACCGUCAUGCUGUAUGUAAGAGAGAUUUUAUACUUAUGUUUGUGAUUCUGUUGCGAGCUAUGGGAAUGCAGUGUCGAUUGGUCUUAAAUUUGGUCCCACUUCCUUUAAAGCCACCGCAGAGUGCUUUGUGUUCAUUGAAAAUGAAUACAUCAAAUGAAGACAAAAAGCCGAGUACAAAGAAAUCCAUCAAUGAGAAAGAGAAGAAAGUAGUUAAAAAGGAACAAAUUAAGAGUCCAUCUAUAACACCAGAAGUUCGAGAAGAAUUAAGAAAGAAGGUUGAAGCUCUAGAAAAUGAAAUAAGUAAGAAAAAAAAGGAAAAACUUAAGCCGAAGCCUUCGUUUGAAGAAGAGCUUGAAGCUAAGACUUCUGUUAAUAAUAAAACAACAACAAAGCAAACAAAAAGUAAAGCAGUCGGAAGUAAAGGUAUAAAAGUAGAAGAUUUAAAAAGAAAAUCUGAUGAUAUAUCGAAUGAGCCAGAAACAAAGAGGAAAACAAAAGAACCUUCUUCACGAUCAGGAUAUUUUUCAGAAUCCAGCUUGGCAAAAAGUGAGCAAAAGAACCUCGUUGCUAUAAUAGAAACAUUAUCGAAAUCGUUUGACGAUCAAAAACCAAGUAUUUCUAUAAAUUCCAAUCCUUCAACCAGAAAUGUUACAAAACAACCACCUAAAGCUGCGGCAUCUCGAAGCACUAGAAGUAAGAAAAACCCUGAAGCGAAGCUCAGUGACAAGCCCGUUUCCAUUCCAGACAUUGUUGUUGUUGCGGACGAUAAACAAAACUUGGAGAACAUCACAAAUACACGUAAGAAGCCCAGUCGCAGCAAGAGUCCGAAAACGUAUGUAUCAACAGAAUUCUUGCAAACAAAAGCUAGUAAAGCUCUCCACGAUGAAGCUAAACAAAUUGAAAUCAAACGCGGUCGCAGCAAGAGUCAUAGUCCUUCAGGUUCGUCGGUUAAAAGCCAAAUUUCAGCGGAGUCUAUGAAGACUAAACCCAAUGCAAAAAUUCAAGCUGUACAAGGGAAACCUUCGCCAAGGAAAACGCGGUCUAAAGCUAAGCUUACUAUUCCACAAUUAGAUGGAUCUGAUGAUUUACCAAAGUCUCGGAGACGAAAGAAACCGAUUAUAAAACCAAGCAAUUCAGAUGACGACUUUGAGAAUCCUCCACCAUCAAAGAAAACCGCCAUUGAUAAAAUUAAGCAGAUAGAUCGACGAGUUCUUUCUCCCCAAAUUAGUUGCGAUGAUGAAGAGAAUGAAUCUGAAUCGCCGAGUAAAAAAAAUAAUAACAUAAAUAUGUGGGUUGAGGUUUAUUGUGAAUUAGAAGCUCAAUGGAUUUGUAUCGAUUUGUUCAAAGGAAAAGUAAAUUGUGUAGAUUCGAUUCGGAAAUCUAUGGCAUCAUCGAAUAUGGCAUAUGUGUUCGCCUUUAAUAACGAUGCAACCCUUAAAGAUGUCACACCAAGGUAUUGCACUCAAUGGGCUUCGGUAUUGCGAAAGAGUCGUGUGGAACAAUCGUGGCUAGAUGAAGCUAUCCAAGGAUAUGUGUCAUCAGGUCGUACCCAAAGGGAUCUAACAGAAGAUACAGAAUUGCGUAGAAUUCAUUUGGAUAAACCGAUGCCAACAACCAUAUCUGAGUACAAGGAUCAUCCCUUGUACGCACUAGAACGUCAUUUACUUAAGUUUCAAGUUAUAUAUCCGCCUAACGCUGUGACAUUAGGAUUUGUUCGAGGUGAACCUGUCUAUGCCAGAGAAUGUGUUCAUACUUGCCAUUCGCGAGAAAUAUGGCUGAAGGAAGCACGAGUUGUUAAGCUUGGCGAGCAGCCAUGCAAAAUUGUAAAAGCUCGUCCGAAAUGGGAUAGGAUGACGAAUUCAGUAAUAAAGGAUCAACCAUUAGAAAUAUUUGGCUAUUGGCAAACUCAGGAUUAUGAACCACCAACAGCUGAAAACGGUAUGGUCCCUAGGAACGCCUAUGGAAAUGUAGAACUCUUUAAAGAAUGCAUGCUACCUAAGAAGACCGUCCAUUUACAUUUGCCUGGUUUAAAUAGAGUUUGUAAAAAACUGGGCAUUGAUUGUGCUUCAGCUGUAAUUGGAUUUGAUUUCCAUCAAGGCUCUUGUCAUCCACUCUAUGAUGGAUUUGUUGUUUGUGAAGAAUUUGCUGAUACUGUUGUAGAUGCUUGGAACAAAGAACAAGAAGAAAUCGAACGUAAAGAACAAGACAAAUAUGAAGCACGGGUUUAUGGAAAUUGGAAGAAACUUAUAAAAGGGCUCUUAAUACGUGAGCGUCUUAAGUUGAAGUAUAAUCUGUAAAGUAAAACGAUAUACACAUUGUCAACUGUUUGUAAGGAGAAAAAUUAUAAUUUGUUUUUCUUUUGUUUAUUUUUUUGUACCAUUGUCACUAUUUGUAUUAAUGGAUUUAUUUUGAUAUAAUGUUUUGUAUUUUCUAAGAAAAUUGCAGCGUUUUAUCCAGUUUAAUGUUUUUGUAAUAAAAAUAAUGUUUAUUUUCUGUUAAAAAAAAA